CGUCGGAAGCCUUGAUGCAUGUAGUGUGUGUUUACUGCAGCUGGAGUGGGCCACAGACCAGAGAAUAGUGACAAAGAAACUACCUCACUGGAAAUGCCCUCAUUACCAGCUUCUGAUGGGUUUCAAAAUCCAGUCCAGUCUUCAGGACUAAAUUCCAAGAUCUGUAAUCCCACAAAUCAAUUACUUGAUCGUUCUGUCUCUGCCCCUGCUUCAAUUUGCUCAUCUGAAUCCAGCCUCACAGAGCCCAUUGAUCCUAGAGCCGUCAAGACUUCUGACUCUUCACCUGAACACCAGAUAACCCCAGAAAAAGAGCAUCCUCUGGUAUUACAGCAUCAUUCCAAUAGCUCUUCCUCAACAAAUAAUGACCCCUCUUCGCACACUGGAGAUGGAACCUGCUCCAAUCCAGCUUGCCUUUCACAGAAGACACUCAAAGAAGCAUUUAGUGCUGACAUUUUAAAGGAAUGUAAUGCUAAAAGACAAGAUCAUGGUCAGGAACUUCCUCUGGAAGUGGCAAAAGUCAAUUUGGCUGAUGCUGCUGCCAAGCACAGGCAGGAUAAAGAUGUCUGUCUGUCUUCAGAGCAGGAGCAAAAAUAUGAGCUUCCUACAGACCAUCGGAUGUGCAAAGAGCCAGAAAAGGAACAUCUUGAGGAGCAAACUGAGACAACUGACCCAGAACCUCCUAGCUGUGUUGGUGGGGUUGAGAAACCUGCUGUGGCAGAAGCCAAACAGCCAGAAAAUCCUCCCAUGGAAAUGAGAGCUGGACUGGAGAGAACAGGUCUUUCCUGUGUGAAAGGGAGUAUCCAGCUGUCAGCUUCCUGUAGCCAUGUGCACGUGGAAGCCUCCAUGGAAAUAGAUGCAGUGGAGCAGGCUGCAGCUGAAGUGCAGAGCUCAGCAAGGCAGCAGGGGCAGCAGACUGAGAACAGACAUGUAUCCAACCUCAGCUCAGAGGCCUUCUCCAUGGAGGUGGAGUUGCUGAAGUCUCCGUCCUUGAGUGAUCCACUCUCCACCAGUGAUGUCCUGCAGUCUAAAAGCACUGGUGAAAUCCCUGCAGAUUAUCAUGAGUCUGCUAAUUUGGCAGCAGACAGCUCUUCCCCUUCCAGCACCCAACAGCUGGACACAGAUCCAGGAAGACCUUCAGAAGAACCAUGUUUCCCUCUAGCAUCAGCCUUGAAAGAGCUUCACAAACUCUUGGUUAUCAGUCGGAAAGGAGAAUGCAAGAUCCUUGCCUCUGAAGUCUCCCAGCUGGAAAUGGUUCCCAGAGAGCCAGCAGUGCAGCAGAAGGGGCUUCCUGAAGGUGAGCAGGAAGGCUCGGAUCCAGCCAGCCAGGAACAAAGCUGUUCCUCUGCUGAGGUGAGGUCUGACCCUGGAGGAGCAGAGGGGAGCCAGCCUUGUGAUUCUGGCAAAGAGCACAUCAGCACCCUGCCCAUCAGUCCUGGGCAGCCUGUGCUCAGGGGAGGUGCUUUAGAGGGGCAGAAGGGUUCAGGUAAGAGCGAUGUGGUCAUGCUGAAGUCUGCAGCCACCUCUGGCCAGCAGCAGAGCCCAGAGCAGAGGGAGGUUUCGGCAGGAGGUUCUCAUUCUCAGAGUCCACCUAGUCCAACUCUGGAGCAAAGCACACCAGUUUCCUCCACACCUGCUUCAGAUGAAGGAGCACCACAGGACACUCGGAGCCUGUUCACAGGAGCACCUGGGAGAAGAAGCAGUGCUGUUCCUGCAGGUCUGUGGCCGGUGGGUGGGAGUGAGGAACCACGGCUGAGCCCCCCAGCUGCCUACACCAGACUGACCACAGGGGCUUCUCCACGCCCUGCUUUCCCCGAGGGUGAUGUCGACCGGAUCCUUAGUGCUGGUUUUACCCCACAGGAAGCUCUCCAGGCCUUGGAACAAGCGGGUGGAAAUGCAGAUCUUGCUCUUCUCAUUUUGCUAGCCAAGAGCAUUGUUGUUCCCACAUAACUGUGGAAGAGGGAGCUGACUGGGGGAUCUUUUCUUCUACAGGAAUAUCUCAAUUGCACACCACAAUGGACGAGCAGAAUGUUGAGCCAGAUUUUUUUAAUUAUUUGCAGCCAAAGUAACACAUUGCUUCUGUUUCACUCGUUAGAUUUGGGCUUUGAAAGGAAAGAAAAUGUCCUUGCAUUGUGUGGACAGGAUAGUUUUUAAUCAUGUAUACUGGAUUAAAACUACUGGUUUUAUUUAAAUGUACAAUUUUAGAAUAACCUGCAAUGAUACGAAUAAGAAGCAGCAGCCACUGCGCUCACUGCCCUAUCUGGCACAAAGCAGGUUGUGAUGGGAAUUGGCCACAGGUGCACAGGAGGAGAGGUGCACACCGAGUCCAGUGUGGAAUCUGCAUUUGUUGCAGCUCCUUGGAACCCAACAUCCAGCUGUUGAAAUUAUUCUUGCAGCUACUGAAGGUGUGUAGAUGCUCGUGGAUGCAUAAGGCUUUGCCAGAGGAGCGAAGGGGUUUUUUGGGAGUGUGGGUUUUUGUGUGUGCACAGGGAAGGCUGAUGCUUAUUUUUGCCAAACCCUUUUAUGCUUUGAUUUAGAGCUGGACUCAGUGAUUCUUAUGUGUCCCUUCCAGCUUAGAAUAUUCUGUGAUGCUCUUGGGCCAGUGUGUUCCAGUUUACAACAUGGGGAUAGAAGAAGGGAAGGGAUAGAAUUUGGUGCUACCAAAACUUAUAAGAUACAUUUUAACUUAUUUGGAGAUGUGCUGGUAUUAACUGUAGGGAUGGGGGGGAGGGAGAAGGAGUAUUGACAUUUUUUUCUAGCCUUGCCCUCAUCAUGUUUUUCCUCAUGCAAAAAGAACAAGCUCAACCAGUUUAAGGCUAAACCUUUAUGAUGAAUUUCCUUAACAAACCAACUGUGUGUUAUGGCUCUAAAUCUCCCUGUGCCCAGGGAGGAACAAACUUCAUCUCAGUGGCUCCAAGCAGGGCUGUGAUGGGAGGAAGGAAGAAUCUGCUUGGCUGUGGUUUGUCUGGAUGUCCGGGGUUGAUUGCCCUCUUGGCUGUGGAUUGCUAUGGUUGCAUCUUGGACCUCCUCAAGAGUGAGGGCUCCAUUUGUUCAAAUGCUCUGAUGUGGCUUCUGCAUUACAACCAUCAUGGCCUUCUGGGCUAUCUCAGGUGAGUCACCUGAGUGCUGAGGCCUCACUGAGGCUGUGCUGUAGGAAGCCCUUUCCAGAUGCUUUUUUGAGGGGGAAGAACUCCUUUGUGAUGCUCUGCAAAGUCACAAAGCUCUGUCAGGGCUGGGGACAGGAAAGGAAAGCAUGGCUGAAACCAAAUUUUAAGUAGGAGCUUUGAUUUAGUCCCACUUGCAAAUCUCAGAAGUGGCUUUGUGUUAGGUGUUUGUCUUGAACUUAACACAUUGAGCUAAACCUGGAGCAAUGGCUCAGCAGCACCAGACAUUUUUGUUCAUGGCUUCCAUGUGGUGUUGUCGUUGUCUCAGGCCUGUGUCCUGGUGUUUGUGUUCCCUGUUGCUUUAGCAGGUCUCCUGUGUGUGUGCUAGGCUGUUUUUAUGCAGGUGGCAUUUAAAAACAACACAGAUUUGGUUUCAUCUGUCACCUCACAGGAGUUUGUGCUGUCAUUGAGUGCUGGUGUCAGAUUUGCCUCAGACACUUGGGAGAUCCUUUGGAGUAAUAAAGGGCUUUUAGGCAUUCCACUGUCAAAUGGAGCUUCUCUGUGAGCUGGGAUGGUACCAUCCAGACCUGGAGCUCCCAGACAGGUCUGGUUUGUACCCCUCUGCUUGUGCCAGCAGCGGGCACUGCUCCACGUGGGAAGCAGGACCUAGUGACUCACUUGAGCCCUGCUCAAAAUGAGUUACUGAGGCCAGACAACAGCUUUCUCAUCUUCACCAGGCAGGUGAAGGUUUGGUUUAAUAUUCUCCUUGCAAUGAGCACCUCAAAUCAGAGGAAGACCCUCUGUGAAGGGCAACACUUGAGCUGGUACCAGGAGUACAGUAUCAGCAGGUCUCUCUAGAAGCCUUAGGAAAUAGGAUCUAUCAGCCCAUUCCUGUCUGCAUCCUGGUUCACCAUCAGAAGCAGCAGCAGUGAGGCUCCAGAUCCAGAGUGACUUCAGAUGGCUGAACCUGCUCCUGAUUCACACUGCAGGGCUUGGUGAGGUGGCCCUGGGAGCAAAGUAACCCAGGAGCCAGGGGCAGGUUGGCUCUCUUGGAUGCAGGAGAGCUGUACCUGCACCCUUCGCCUGCAGGUGGAUCUACUGCCAGCUGCUUGGAGCAGUAGAUGUUGGUUACUCAGUGUUAGCCCCUUGUAUCUCUGUUUUAGAAGCUGUUGCUCAGCUGGCCCAAGCGGUGCUGCUCUGCACCAAGCUGGUGAGAGGCUCUGCUCUCACAGCCGCACUGACUUAGGCUGUGCAUACAGAAUUUAUGCUAUAAAAGCUUUAGAGCAUCAACCAAUCUGCUUCAAUUCUCACUUUUAUUCCUUGUCAAAUAAAAGUUUUAAAUCCCACCCUUCUGCCAAAGCUGUAUGGGAGCAUUUAUCUAUAGUAACUCUCUCCAAACUGCUAGGAACAAACCCUGACCCCCAACUGAUAAAUAUUUCUAAAACUCUUUUAUCAAGUAGGUCCAAGCCUGGUGAUUUAAAUCUCUUCAUUUUCAAGCCUUGCUUUGAGUGAAUGGCUAUGUCCUGCUAAAUUAGUGAAUAAUAUUUUUAGGAGCAAGAUUUAGUAUAAAAUUGAGGCAGUGGUGAGUACUUAAGGUUAAAAUAAUAUGUAAUAGAGUGUGUGUAUAGCGAAUGCUGUCUAAAAGUUGUCUUUGUUUCAACGUGUGUCCUCUCUGCUGCAUGCACACACACACACACACACAUCCUCUGUUCAGCCUCUGGCAGUCCCUGUGCUGGUCCCUGUGCUGACCUGGCCCAGAGUGGGAGUGUUUAUAGAAAAGGAGGGAUGGCAGAGUGCUAUGGCUUAUUGGCUACAGUGGGGAUAAAGGUACCACCAACAGCUGUUUGGGUUUCCAAGGAGCCAGGUAUUCCGGCCUAAAAUCAGGCACUUCAUUCUUUCCUCUUCCCCCUCCUCAUUAACCACUGCUGCAGUGUCCUCAUGUCAGCUCACUUAACAAAGGGAUUUCACCAUGGAAGUCCAGCUCUAGAGAGUAAAGCAGUGCUCGUAAACUGCUUUGUAAAGCUGCCAGCACCUAUGGGGACCCAUGUGGGUCUGUUGAGCUUUUAUAGGUGUGCCCUGGAGCCACUUCAGGUUUCUGAGAUUCACUUUUUUCCUUAAAAAUACUGAAGAAAUUCACCUGGCCUCUUUGUGACUGCGUGUUUGUGUACACGAGGCCAUAGGUGAACACAGAGGUGAUGUUUAGUGGAAUCCCAACAUCUGGAAGUUUCUGGGCAUGGGUGAUUCUGACAAGAGGAGGGAAUAUUCCUGGUGACCGUUCCUGGCACGUUUACCUGUUGCAGGACAGAGCUGAGCUGUUACCGUGACAAUCUCUGCCUCCUUGCUGUGUAUGUUUAAGUUUGGAUGUAGACACUCGGUCUCCAGGACUGUUAACCUUGUAUGUCCUCCAUGUUCUCCGCUUCCAUCUCUCCCUCUUGCCGUCUCCUCUUCUCAAAAGUAGCAAUAUUUAAGUGUACUUGCUGAACGCUCAACUUCAGAUCAGUUUUCUGUAAAACUAUGCCAUUGAUGAACAACAGGAGGAGCCAGUCCUAGAGGCUUCUUCACCAGACUUGGACUUCCUGCCAAACAGCUGCCCAGAACUCUUAACAGAAAUUCAAAGAGGAGAAAUCCAGAGGUGUUUCUGCCUGCCUCUCUUGGAUGCCAGCUUGGGAAACGAGGUCAGUUUCACGUACAUCAUUCCCCUCUGAAGCACUUAAGAGAUUUCUUCCUGCACUGUGUAGAUGAGGCUUAGUCCAUGAUCCAAAGCACAGCGGUUUGGGUCACACUUUGACUGAUGCUUCAGAGUUUUACAGACUCACUUAGGGAACUUGAGGGAAUCAAUACUCAGGAAUCCUAAAGCUGGUUGCAUUUUGUGUCAUUGACUCUUGUGGGUUGAACACACUGUGGCCUCGCAGGCGGCUGAAGAGAGGAGUGGGUGUGUCAUCAAUGGGAUGUGGUUCUGCCCAAAGUAAUACACACUUGAUUCUUUUUUUGAUUUUUUUUAAUAUUGGGGGACUGUUUAUCAACAAAUUAUGUGUAAAAAAAUUUGAUAUUUAAAAAAAUGAAUAAACACUUUAUCAUAAUG